AUGCAACCUGGGAACAACGUCAGCACCAUGCCCCCAACCGCCAAUCAAUACUCUGCACCCUGCUGCCGUGCACUUUUCGAGACAGGGCGUGGAUGUAGUCGGUUGCUCGUUCCCAGCACGGCAGCUUCAAGCUCUCACAAGGGCGCUGGCUCCGGAAGACGUGUCGUGGCACCGCGGUCCUCUCCACUUGGACACCUUCGGGCCCACCAACAGCCAUGUCUCCACCUACCACAAUGGCAGAAACGCUGCUAUCAGACGGUGAGCAACGACUCGCACGCGUGCACGCAGACCGCGCCUCUGAGAGCAAGUAGCCGCGCUCGACGUCUCUACCGUGCAGCCGGCCUAUCGCGCCAUGCAGCUGUGCAACGUGAAUCCGAGGCCGCCUUGCGUGUCUCAGCCGCCAUGGCGUCCCGUUUGCAGUUCGCAGCCAGAAAAUGCACCAAACGUCUCCAGCCAUGCGGCUAG